AUGACACAUCUUCGACUUUGUGAGGGGGCAGACCCAUGCUUCGAUGGCGAUGACUUUGUCCUGCUCUCCAAAUCCGCGGGUGCAUCACAGGAUGAAUUGCCUGAGGCGUUCCAGUUGCCACUCUGUAACGGCCUGGAUCUGUACGAGGUCUCGGUGGAUGAGCUCCAGCAUCUCUUCUCCACCGGCGCGUUGUCUUCCGUUGAAUAUGUAAAAUUCUGCUUGGAGAGAGUCCGAAAAGUGAAAUGCCUCACACUGUCCGGGAGCACUCUGAAUCGCGCUGACGAUGCCCAGACUAAUCCGUACCUCGAAUGUGUCAUCGAGACGAAUCCCGACGCAGUCGAUCAUGCACGGACGUUAGAUGAGGAAAGGAAGCAGGGCAGUGUCAGAGGCCCGCUGCAUGGCAUCCCAGUGCUUGUCAAAGAUAAUAUGGCCACGGCAGACAAAAUGCAAACGACAGCAGGUUCCUGGGCCUUGCUGGGCUGUAUAGUCCCGAAGGAUGCACACAUCGUCCAUCUCCUGCGCCAAGCUGGCGCGGUCAUCCUCGGCAAAGCAAACUUGGAUGAAUGGGCAGGAAUGAGAGGCAGCAUCUAUUCAAGUGGAUACUCUGCCCGCGGCGGGCAAUGUCGGAACCCGUAUAUGCUGACUCGCUCGCCAAAUGGCAGUAGCUCAGGGAGUGCCGUUAGCGUCUCGGCAAAUAUUGUCCCUCUCGCCUUCGGCACAGAAACGGACUGCAGCGUGAUCAGCCCGGGCAUGGUCAGUGGAGUCGCAGCGAUCAAGCCGACGGUGGGUCUCACUUCGCGAGGAGGAGUCAUACCCAUUUCAGAGACACAGGACUCUGUUGGCCACUAUGGCAGAUGCGUUGCAGACGUGGCCCUUGCGCUGGAUGUCAUUGCAGGACCCGACCCUGACGACAAGUUCAGCACUCAGCCCGGCAGGCGGCAGCCAAAGAGUUACUAUGCGUGCCUUGCCGGCAGGCAUGCGCUCAAGGGAGCAAGGUUCGGUCUGCCAAGCAAGUGUUUCUGGGACGCCGCUCCAUACCCGCAGAGACUGGUCGCAGAGAAAGUCCUGCACCUUAUCAAGCAGGCCGGUGCCGAGAUCAUACCAGUCGACAUGCCGUGCGCUGAGGAGAGAUUAGGCAAACAUGGGAUCUGGAACUGGGAACGCUACGGCGAAUCCAACCCAGAAAUCUCCGAAAUUACCGUCAGCAAAGUCCAAACCUACUAUCUAAUGAACCGAUACCUGAGCGGACUGAAGAACACGCCCAUCAAGACCCUGGAGGACGUCGUGCGUUUCAACGACGACAACCGCGGCUCCGAAGGCGGCCAUGAAGCCGAUCUCCCAGCGUUUCCCGACGGCCAGAUCCUCUUUCGCAAAUGCGUCGAGACCAAAGGCAUCAAGGACAAGACGUACUACGCUGCUCUGAAGCAUAUUCAAUCCCAAUGCCGCGAGAACGGGAUUGACGCGGCGUUGAAAUGUCCUUCGGGCAGCCACCGCCGUCGGCAAUCUGCUGAUGGUGGCGAUGGUGAAGAUGAAGAGCUUCUAGACGCUCUCCUCUUCUGCGACGUCAAGGCCGGAGGCAUCCAGAUUGCCGCUCAAGCAGGCUACCCAAUCAUGACGAUCCCUAUCGGACUCGACCCCGACGGCAUGCCCGUGCCGUUGACACUGCAGCACUCCGCCUGGCAGGAAGACAAGCUUAUCAAGUGGACCAGUGCCAUUGAGGAUCUCCUGAACCACUAUGAUGAAGAGCACUCUGUUCCGCUAAGCGAUCGCUGGCGGAGGCUGGGACGUGUCCCGCCUACUUAUAUGAAUCACCUGCGCAAAAACAUCCCCACAGACAUUGACUAUCACUGGCCAGGCCGACAUCGACAUCAUGCAGUUUAA